AUGACCUACACAACUAACAAUAUUCUCAUGCCACAUCGGCCGUCGCGUGGUGCCAUCAGCCGGGUCGCCUUACUUGCUGCAUACAGCAGGGCGCGUAAGCGAAAACAGGCUACUGCUGACGCCUCCCUUCUUUCUCCUUCACAUACUUUUUCUUCCCCCUCUCCCCACCCCAUUAAUAACUCUCUCCUUGUAGGCCCAGCACUUAGGACUGAUGACUCCGUAGGUUCUUCCUACUCCUCUCCAGUGCCGGUUUCCAUUAGAGUUCCUCAAGGCUCCGUCCUGGGACCAGUGCUGUUUCUGAUCUGUCCACGACCUCCCAGAUGUUCUUGCAAGUCCAUGUCUACUUUUUGA